AUGGCGAUGGAAAUCCCGUCGGAUAUGAUAAAGGAGGUGCAGAUCUCGCUUCGGAGAGAAGCGAAGAUGUCGUCGUAUGACCCAGACGACACGCCGUUGCCAAAUCUACCAUCCGUCGAAGAAACCAUAGCGGAUUUGGAUCCAUCCCCGCCGUAUCUACGGUGCAAGCAUUGCAAGGGCAGAUUGCUGAGGGGCGUUCAGUCACUUAUUUGCGUCUUCUGUGGCAGAGAACAUUGCAAGGACCUCCCUCCUGACCCCAUCAAUUUUCGCGAUACUUUUGGCUACCGGUGGUUGCUCAAGUCCCUGAGCUUGGAUGGAUCGGAGAUAGUAGAAUUACCCACUGGAGCAGAUGAGUUCAACAGAGGACAGACUGCACGGAAGGAUGAUUUAAGUCUGUCUGAUCUUUUGAAUCUUGAAAUAAAAUGGACCUCUAAGCCAGAGAAAGUUGAGACUGAUUUCUCAAAUGAGACACCUACUCAGCCCAAAAGCUUACCAGAUUUGGCUGGAGUCAAUCUCGACAACUUUUUUUCUGAAGGAAAAAGAGAUGCUGCAGCUAAUAUUUCUGACGAGCAGCUGUUUGAGUCUAGCACACAGACUUCCAGUGAAGAAAUUAAUGCUUUCGAAGUUCGUGAAACUCUUAGUUUGUUUGAGAAUGUACAGCCUUUCGAGACAGUUGUGCAGUCUACUGAAGGAGAGAGUGGUGAUUCUUUUUCUGGUUGGGCGGCAAAUUUUCAGUCUGCUGCUUCUGAAACCCUUCCUCGUGCUUCUGAAACUCUUCCUCAUGCUUCUGAAAACCUUCAUCAAGCUUCUGAAAACAUUCCCCCAGAAUCAAAAGUAAUUGACCCCUUUGUGGGUUCCACGGUGGAUCUUUCAGCCCACAUAGACACAGUAUUCAGAUCUGCAGUAGACUCAACUGAUGAAAAAUCAAACCAUAGUAUGACUGGGUCUGCACCCUUGACAACUGACUGGUUUCAAGAUGAUCUAUUGGGUGUUUCCAACUCUGGGUUUGCUGGAGGUCCUGAACAGUUUGAAACUCUUGCUGAGGUGAAGGGUAUAACUGAGAAUGUGAAUAACUCUUUUCCUGCUGAUGUUGAUUUUGUUCAAGACAAUCAAUUACAGACCACUAGCAACAAGGCCCCUGAUAAUAAAACUACUGAUGAGGAUGAGGAUUCAUUUGAUGCUUGGAAUGAUUUUGCGAGCUCGAAUAGUGCACCAAAUCUUGCUGAUAGUUCUUUAAAACAAAGUAUUAAUCAGACGACACCUGUUGACCAGACAUCUGUAGUGGAUUUGUUCAGCACAGCUAGCAACUCCGGGGACUUGAAUUUUGAUAGCUUAUCGCAACCGGAUUUCUCAGCAGGAGCAUUUAACAGUUCCAAUGUUUCAACUGUAGUGGAUAUGAAGCAGGCAGACUCUUCUGUUCUGGACAGUUUGGCUGAUCUGAGCACAAAAGUUGAUAAAAAAUCUGAAGAUGUUGCGGAGGGUGGAGAUGUUUCUGGUGCAAGAGCAGGGUCAAAAUCUGAAGAUGCGGAGAGAAUAAUGUCACAGAUGCAUGAUCUCUCUUUUAUGCUUGAAAGCAGUCUUUCAAUUCCUCCCAAGCGAGAUGAAUUACAUUCGCAUUCCCAAGAUUGA